AUGCCAGUCCUAACCUCUUAUUCACCCUACGAGACACUGUUGUUCUUCCAAAAUGUCGCUCAACAUGGUGUCGACGGCUCGUCGUUACAGGAGAUUUCUACCACCUUGAACCAAAAUGAACUCAUUCGCCAAAGUAGCGAUUACGAUGCUGAGAAGUUCUCGCCUGAUGCGCUGCAAUUCCUAUACAACAAGACUGUGGGCGCGCGAAAUGACGACGCACCAGUAAAAACCAACGGAGAUGGUGCUUCGGAUAAUGCGAACCCUCUAAAGAGGAAGCUGUCUACGAGUCCGCCUCGAAAUCUUAAAGAUGAUCCUGAGUAUAUUGUUCAGCAGUUUGUUGAGAGGCUUUACGCUCAAUUUCGAAGCGAAACUAUUCGAGAUUUGCAACAGCAGGAAAGAGAGUACGAACAGCUACAACAUGAGAUUUCGAAGCUGGAAGACCAGGCAAAGGUGGAUGUAGAUCAGGCUCAAGCACAAACUCGUGCAGUCCAACCUCACGAGCAGGCUCGUCCAUCGUCGGCGCAUAUCGAUGGCCCCGAUCCAGUCAGUGCGCAACUGCAAGCGAGUCUUGAGGCCAUCAACGACGUGCCCAAGAGCUCCGUCGCAGCUUUAGAAGAGCCGACCAAGCAGUCUUCGAGUGGUCCUGCAUUUGCAGACCAAGCGCUUCCAUCGCCUAUACCCAUUCAGAGAUCGGUUUCUAGACCAGGCUCCGGCGCUGGUACGCCUCUUCCGCCUCCAGCUCAACCACAAGCCGUGCUGCAAGCGACCGCAACUCCCCAUCAGUCGCCAGGUGCAUUCAACAGAACUCUGCCUCCGCCUUCUCCACAACGCAAUAACUAUGGGCCUAUACCACCACCUCCGCACACCUAUCCACCACAUCAUCAACAGGCACAAGCACAACCGCCUAUGAUAUCACCUAUACACAGCUUACAGCGGAUGCCAUCGCAUGAAGGUUAUCCUCCGCAAAGGUCUUCCAGCCAGGGACGUGGAUCACCAAUGCCACCGCAUGCUUCCUACCCCCAACAGCCGUAUCCUCGGUACCCUCCUCAUCAGCAGCCACCCCCUUAUGGAUGGCCUUCACACCCUCCUCCACAGCCUUAUCCUCAGCAGUAUCCUCCGGUUCAGCACUACCCACCACCAGUACCUAAUAGGUAUCCUCCUGUUCAAGUUCAUACCCCGAACCAGCCUCCUUAUCAGCAAUAUCCGAACACGGCACCCAUACCAUAUCCUGGUCCGCAGCAGUACAGGGGAAGUCCAGCCCCUCCCUAUCACCAAUACGCAGCUUCGGCGAGCACUACCCCUAUGCCUCCAAGGCCUUUGAGCCGAGCGGCACUGAUCAGAAGCGCAAGUUCGACACCUUGGAAGAGAAGAUCGACGCCUAUGGGUUUCAGACCACGAAGUCCCUCUCGGCUUGAGCGUGAGGUCAGUCCACUAUCAGACCAUGAGUCACCUGCACCCGAAAGUCCUAACCGCGGUGUCGGUCGUCCUUCAAUGCAGGAAGGCGCUCCACCUAAGAAGAGCUUACCAAGAGAUAAGAGCGUAACCCCAGCAGCAAAUCUCAGUCGAUCUCAAUCAGUGGUGUCAACCGUAUCGGAGAUCCCUGAACCACCGAAACGACGACCCGGUAGGCCACCUAAGGUCAAGGUAGAAGGACCAAGCACACCUGUUCCUACAAACUCAGAUGCAGACUCAGAACAACAGCAGCGCUCUUCAGGUCGGAGAGGACGACCUCGAGCCGGAAGUGCCACAAACCCGCCAGAGUUGGCUCGUACUGGAACCGUAAGCAAGCGAAAGCGUGAAGCUCCGUCAGUUUCCCCAGUCCCACAUGCGCGCCCAUCUACGAAUGUGCAACCCUCAUCUGUUGUACGGAACAACACACAACACUCAGAUCGCAACUUUGUGGUUAUUUCCAGAACUUUUGGCAAGACUAGCCAGCUUCUACUCAAUGAAAUCACCUCACAUAAACGCGGAAACAUAUUUGCUAAGCCACUCAGCGAGCGCGAUGCGCCUGGGUACAAGCAACUAGUACAUCGACCUCAAGACUUGAAGAGCAUCAAAGCAGCCAUCAGUAAAGGUUCGAGGGUUGCAUUAACAGCCAUCGAAGAGUUGGAAGCGAAGACAGAGGUUGAAGACGGGGCGGCCCACAAUGGAACGUCUACGCCUGUCGCAAAAGACAUGCUUGUUGCUGGGUCUGGCGAUGUCAAAGAGGGCGCGCUAGGCAACGGCUUUUACUUGGUUCGUGCGACGGAAGACCUCAUGCCACCAAAAGGCAUCGUCAAUUCAUCGCAACUUGAAUUAGAACUGAUACGAAUGUUCGCAAAUGCUAUCAUGUUCAACCCCUUGCCAGCUUCCGAAAGAGGUUUCGGACGGUCUCUACGAUUGCGCAAGCGUGGUGGUGAACUACGUAGUUACGGAGCCAGGGCUCUGAAAGAGGACCACGAUGGCGACGUCGACGUGGAGGAUGAGACUGAACACGAAGCAAGCGAGCCUGUAAGGGGAACUUCUACCAGCGAGAGCGAAUCUACUACGCCUUCUGCAAUCGACGAGACUGGAAUUAUCGCUGAUACGCGAGAGAUGCUGAAAGAUGUGGAAGAACUGGUCAGGCGGUGGAGAGAAUUGGAGGGCGACAGCACUAGCGGGACACCCUGGCAGCAACAGACAAUAGUAGGUCCAGCUGGUAUAGAGCGGCAUGCAAGUGUCAGUGCUUCUAGCAUAGCUGGUGAAGAAGAGAACGAAGGCACACCAACAUUGGGAAGCAUGAGGAAGCGUCGUAAAGUGGGAGAUCAUUAG